AUGCUCAGAAUGCUUGGAACUGGUCUGAAGGUGUCAAGGAGCUUCGAAUAUUCCUCGGUUUCUGAGCUCACAUAUCCCUCUGAAGAAUCCUUGGUCAAAGCAACUUGUAGGGGAUCUUCCAAUGAUAGUCUUCUAAAAGCUCAUCUGCCAACUGAUCCAUUUCUCAACAUAAAAGAGUUGACCUUCUAUUGUUGGCUUCCUCAUUGUAUCCUUGAUGUCAAACUUCAUCUUAGGUCCUUUCCCAAGUUUAGCUCAAUUGUGCCUUCACAGACAUCUAUCAUUGCUCUUGCUGUAGCUAGGAAUGGCCUUCCUAGUAUCAAUGGAUCUGUUGGUUCCUCAUCCAUCUCAAGCACAAUGAAGUCGGUGGGGAUUCUACAUUCCCUAUUCUCAAAGGCAGGUCUUCAAGCAUUCCAGUUGGUAACCUUAUCGAUCUAUCUGCCAAGACUAGUGAGAUUCCGCAGGCUUGAUACUUGUGAUAUCCCAGUCUCUUUGCUACAGACAAAGGCAUGA